UCCAACACUGAGGUUGGAUAAAAAUAUCACUUUCACUUCUCAAUGUGGUUUCUAUAGACUUUAUUGCAGUUGCAAGCUAGUCCAGCGCAGCAUUCCGCUUUGAUCUCAGCAAAAGUCCAGAGAGAAGUCACCGUCUCAGGUGUGCAGACUACACUUUAGAACAUGGCAGAUGAGAGCCAGAACCUGGUCCAGAAUGAGGAGACCGUGGUGGAAACCGGGGAGAGACAAUCACGCACUCUGACCUGUAACAAAAGUACAGUGGUGCCCGUCCUGUUCAUCUUUGUAGGUCUACUCAUCGCAGGUCAAGCUGUGUCUGUCUACUUCAUCGCCCAGCAGCAUUCCACCAUUAAGGGGCUGUCGGAAACCACAACUGCAUUAAAGUUAAAGGAUAUGAUCAAGAAUCUUCCUGGUUCAUCUCCCUACCAGCAAAAUCGCCAGAAACUGAAGAUUGCAACAUUUAAUAUUCCACUGGCAUUCAGCGAUACGGACGGCUCUCCACAGAACCUGGAAGCUAUUGCAGAGGAGAGCAACAAGAUUGAAGAUGCAGUUAAAUACAUGCUCCUGAGAACUAACCCCCUGAGAAAAUACCAAACACUGAAUGGCACCAUUCUCGACAAUAUGAGGAAGCUGAAGAAGACUCUGAGUGACCAGGAGUGGAUGGUUUUUGAUGCAUGGAUGCAGCAGUGGUACUUGUUCUAUUUGGUGCAAAACCCUGAAACACCCACAACUCCAGCACAGGACCCUAAAACACCCAAGCCAACUCCAGCACCAACAGGCGCUAGAGACUUACUGGAAAUGUGGACAGACUACGAUCGCCCAGCAGAGCUCGGCCUUAGCGAAAACAUGGUUUAUGCUUCUGAAACCAGUUACUACACCGACACAGAGCCCAGUAUUAUUGAUGAAAGUCCAAGUGGUGCCUCUGUGAUGUCAGAAUGCAUGAUGAGGGCCAGUAUGCAUGCUCUGCCUGGUGCUUACAUACCACAGUGUGAUGAGACUGGAGACUACAAGCCUGAGCAGUGCUGGAGAAGCACCGGAUAUUGCUGGUGUGCCUACAAGAAUGGAACUGAGAUUCCAGGAACCAGAUCCCGUGCAAAAAUUGACUGCAAACAUAUUCAAGAUAACUUCAUUGAGGAGUACGAAAUGCAAUAUAAUCCAUCCUUUUAUGGUAAAGAGAAUCUUGAGUGAUCAAGCAAGGAUGCAAUUGUUCUACUAACAGGCUGCUUAGUUCCAGCUUAGCGCAGAGGCUUUUCUACUUGUGGAGACAACGAUUUUUUUUUUCUAAUAUAAAGUUCUCUCUUUAGGGUUGUUAUGCAAGAACUACUGCAGGCAAGACACAAAAUCCAGUAAUAAAUUGAAAGAAAAUAAUACUUAUCUGCUUCUUCUUAUUUGUUUUCGGAUGCCAAAUAAAAAAUGCUCCACAAUGUUUUAGGCGUGUGUCAGGAAAGAGACUACCUGCAAUCAAAUUCUGUCUCUGGCCAUGACCCAGAUAACAAUUACGUAAAACAAAAGUUAGACAACAUGACUUUCCCCAUCAACAAACUGUUCCAUUCAUUCAGAUGUCAAAAUUAAGACAACUGGCAGGGAGAGGUUGGUUUUGGGUCCACACUUUGAAGGACCCAGUAAAAAGAUAGAAGGGUUAAAGCAGAACUAUAGUCAAAAAUGAAAAUAUUUGUUAAUUAUAUACACCACACUGUAUAGGCUUUGCUAAUAAACAAUCUUUAUAUAACAAAUACUCGCUAAUCAUAGCAUUGGGGUACUUCCCCUCAAAGGGGGAAUUACUGCAGUCAUGUCACCCUCUACAAACACUAUUUGUUAGGACUACAGGGUUGUCACCACUGUUACGCCUCCUCUUCUCCCACACGGCCACAACAUUCAUCUACAGAGUUCUGUGAAUGAACUACAAGUACCGACACCCUUUGCUACUGACAGCUUGUAGUUCUCAAUGAACUAUCAGGGCACUCUUGAGCGCUUUAGUUAAUUGAUUCUUCCCGACAUUGUUCAACUGUCUGACUGUAUCAGAGGUACAAGCAGACAAAUACACCGACAUUCUGUAAGAGUCCUGCAUUGCACCCGUGAUCUGUUGAUCGCAGAUGCAUAGCAUUCCAUGCUCCAACCCAAAAAAAAAAAAAAAAAACACGUAAAUGCAAUUUUACCUGAAAAAAAAAUUUGAUUGGUGAACUGAUCCUUUAAGAGUUAGCUUAUGGUAUGUGUGUGUGUGUGUGGGGGGGGGGGGUGGGUUGUUUUAUUGACACUACCACACCUCGGUUCAUCAAUGCUGAAAACCAUUGUACUAUACUCAGGAUUUGGUAUUAACCAACAUUGAGGCUGGGUUCACACCACUGCGAAUGUGGAUGCGGUUUAUCCACAUCCAAUUCGCAAUAGCAGGAGAUUUAAACCGGCUCUCACAUCUCCGCAGCGGUUCUGGUGCGAUUUGCAGAAAAAAGCUGUGCGUCUUUCGGUCUGUUCGCGGUCCGAAUUCAGCCCAAAAUUCGGACCUGAAACGGUGAAGCAGGACGCACCAGACCCCUGCUGUGAGCCACAUCCGGCUCAUAUGUGAACUCAACCUGAACACUCCCUUAAUCGUUCAUUAAACACAAUUAGACGCACCCAAUCAUAUCCUCCUUGUUGCUUCGCACAGCUGUAGCAAGUGAUAAAGUGCAGGAAAUUUAAACGCAAGUGACAGGUGUUCUGUAGCAACUUGUUCCCAUUUGUACACGGCCCUUAGGAAAAUUCUGUGAGGAGCACCUCCAACUAAAAAAUACCCAACAUCACAUUUAUUAACUGGUGAAUUUUGUCUUGCCUGCAGUUCUUCCUUGUUUUUGUGCUCCUUUGGGUUACUGGUGAUUGGUAAGAAAAUGAUCAAAAUUAUGGAUUUAAACAACAAAAAAA